AUGGACACGCAUCCGUUUCAGCCGUUCUCAGUCCUCCCAGUCACCACGUCUUCUCUCACAGGUAAGCUCAUCUGACGGCUCGUCAUCCGUGGGACAGAUUACUGUUUCUGAACCGGAUCAUCCCCUCUUUCAUCCACUUAUUCCCUUAUCAUUUGGCUCGUUCCGAUGUGUGCUUCAAAUCAUCUUUCCGUUUCCCGCUAGCAGCUUACAAUCCUUUGAUCGCAUCCUGUGAUGAGAUCUUCUUCGCUGACUUGGUCUUCGUUUGAUUUGCAUCCCGCUUUGCGGUCGUGCUAAGAAGAUUUCCGAGUGAUGCGAUCUGAUGAACACUUUACACAUUUCCCGCCACCAUCUCUGUCUCUCUUUUUCAGACGUACUGCAGACAAUCGUGGCCCUCCAGAGCUGUCCGACAUCCUGCAUCCCGUCCACUUCGACCGCAAUGCUUUCUCCGAGCCUUCCCUUCUCGACGGGCAUUCCAAGUGUCAAUCUGUACCCUCCUUCGACCACAAGCACGUUGGCCCUUCAGAUUGACUCUGUCCAGGUUCGAACGAAUUCCCUCCCUUCCCCGUAGACCUCUCCUUCAUUUGCAGUCGCUUCUCUCCAACACAUCCUUGCUCCAAGCAUCCCCUUCGGCGGUCGAGGCCCUCGCAAAUGCUCUGUUCGCCACGACAAGUCGCCGUUCUUCGUGUCCGGAACCGCCGGUAACUUCGCAAGCGACCGUCAACCUUCCAACCGACACUCUUCAACUUCCGACGCCUCCUGAACGCCGGAGGUAUUCGGAGACCAAUCUCGACGUGCUUAUUAGGGAACAACUGGCUCAGAUGAUGCCCUCGACAGCACAGCUUCCCGGAAUGCCCGGAUGUUACUAUCAGCACGUUCCCGUCGGCAUUCAAGGGGGAGUCGAGCAGGCACGGUUCGCUGCGGCUUCAGUUCUUUCGAAUAGCAGAAGGCAAGGACAACGGAAGGCGAGGUAGUAGUGUGGGAGAAUCUCACGACGUCAAUGAGAUCCAUUUUCAGAACAAUCUACGGAACGACUCAGACACAGCAGCUGGAAGACAUGUUCCGUGGACAGAUGUACGUGGUUGGAGCAGAAAGAGAGAGUCUGGCCCUCCGGUUGGGACUCUCGCCCUCGCAGGUCCGCAUCUGGUUCCAGAACAGACGGAGCAAGCACAGAAGAAAGCAGCAAGAGGAGCAGCACAACGAGAAGAAGGACGAGGAGUAG